AUUUCUUGAUUUACAUUAAUCAUUUAUUGUAUCAUGUCAUCAUCCGGAUCUAAAGAUCUUAUUGAUAGCUGUGAAUUACAUAUUCCAAUCAGAGCUGGAUAUGUUAUCUUGAAAGAUCCUAUAUCAGAAAAAAAGCUUCUAAGACCGGCAAGGUAUUAUGGUAAUUAUGUACGAAAGAUCGAGGAGCUAAUUGAUGAAAGAAAAACUGUUGAUGACGCCGAAUCAAUGGAUGGAGAUAGAUAUGUUAUCAUUUUCUAUGGAUCUCAUGAUUCAGCUUCAAAGUUUCUUGAAUCAGAAAAGAUGAAAGAUCUUAGACGGAAACAGUUAGCUCCAUCAUCACAAACUCUCAGUUUGCCAUCAACUUCAAGAAAGGAAAGUGAAUUGGAAUCAACCACUCGUAAAUUGCGAUCUCAGAGCCGAAACGUUAGUGAAUCAGCUCAUAAAGUUGCCCCGAGUUCAGUUCCACAAGUGAAAUUGUUGAAAGAUCUUGAGAUAAAAUUUGAAAGUAUGAAAGACGAUCUCAAAGAAAUCAAAGUGUUACUCAAUGAUUUCAUCUCCUCUCAAGAUCUUCCUGAUUUGUCGACCGGACCAACAAAAGAGGCUUCAAUGGCGAAACAGGCUUGCAAAGCAAUAAGAUCUUUCAGGAAGCAAGGUUUCGAGAAAAAGUUGGCAUUAGUUGAUUGGGAUAAAAUCAUUUCAGAUCCGAUCAAAGUAAGAGAAAUAAAAGAUAUCCUGAUGACUCAAGAAUGGCCUUCUAAAAUGGUAUCAGAUAUUGCUGAGAUUCUUUAUGGUGAUACAUUGCUCGAUCAUAUCUUAGGACGACAUGGUAAAAGGGAUAGGAAGGCUAGAAGGGGUGAACGGCAGUUGACUGUAUCAAGAUCUGAAGAGGAGAAACUUCGCUGUAUUUUGUCUGUAUUUGGAACUACAUUUACGACUGAUACAGCAUGGCAAAUAUUGGUUCAACAUUACGUGAACCAAAGAGGAAGAGAUAUGAAAAAUCGUCUUACCAAAGAGAAAGAUGAAGAGCGAGUUGACCCUAAUAUUGAUGAUGAUUCUAGUGAUUCGCCUGAAGCUAAGCGAAGCAGACUAGUUAAUCAUACCGACGAUGAUGCUGAUAACGUUGAAGAAUGAAAAAUUAUUUUGACAAA